AUGGACCAAACUCUAUAUUUCAUCCUUCUUAUUGCUCUCUGCUCUGUAUCUGAAUGUGUUCAGCGUCAGUAUCACUUUAUAAAUGAGAAGAAGACCUGGACUGGAGCUCAGAGAUACUGCAGAGAGAAAUACACAGAUUUGGCCACCACUGAUGACAUGAACGACAUGAAGGAGCUGAACAAGAUUGUGACUGAUAGAAGUCUUGAGUAUGUCUGGAUUGGGCUGCAGAAGACGGGUCGUGAUGAAUGGCAGUGGUCUUCAGGUGAACCUGCGCUCUAUCUGAACUGGGCUUCUGGACAACCACAAGAUAGAGGAGAAGAGUGUGGUAUGAUGAAAAAUGGACAAUGGCAUGACUUGACAUGUAGUGAUCAACAGCAUUUCAUCUGCUACAACAUGAACAGAGGACUUGUCCUUGUCAAUCAGAUGAUGAAUUGGAGAGAUGCUCAGAGUUACUGCAGACAGAAUCACAUUGAUCUGGUUAGUGUGAGGAACCAGAAUGAGAAUCAACAGGUUGAGAAGAUCAUCAGUAAUAAUCAUUUAUCUGGAUCAUAUGUCUGGAUCGGUCUGUUCAGAGACUCAUGGCAGUGGUCAGAUCAGACUGACUCCUCAUUCAGAUACUGGAAAUCUAAUGAACCUAAUAAUAAAGGAGAUAAACUGAUUCUGAUCAUGGAGAAUCUGACGUGGGCUGAAGCUCUGAGAUACUGCAGACAGAAUCAUGUGGAUCUGCUCUCGGUUCAUUCAGAAGAGAUUCAGCAUCGUGUGAUGAACGUGGUUAAACGAGCGUCUACUGAGGCAGUGUGGUUGGGUUUACACAACUACUGCGUCAUGAACAUGUGGCUCUGGCUGAGUGGAGAGGUCGUGUGCUAUCAGAACUGGGCUCCAGGGAACGGGACGAGACCCGAAAACUGCAAACUGGAGAACAGAAAAGGAGCAGUUCAGUCUGGAGGAGAUCAGCGCUGGAUCAGCCUUCCUGAAUCUCACAAACUCAACUUCAUCUGCAGCAGAAAUUAAGAGCUAAUGUGUUUACUUACAUCAACAGUUUUCACAGGCCACUUCAUUAUCUUUCAGAUUUACUGAAUCUGAAUACUGAAUCUGAUUUUAUGUUUGUUUUGUUAUUUAGUAUGUUCUAAGUGAAUCUGUGUAUUGGGUUUUAAAAGCAGCCAGAAGUCUGUUUUGUUUCUGCAUUAUGAAAUAUGUGUCUUUUGAUAAAUUCUUUGUAUAUAUCUGUUGUGGUUAUGACUAGGUUUUGCACUUAAAUCUUUUGAACACAAACACAUGAUAACAGAAUAUCAUCUCAAAUAAACUCAU